AUGAAGCCGGACUGGUCCGCUCUUCAUGUUCUUGCAGCAGCCGGAUGGCUUUCUGACACGGCUGCUGCAACCGCUAUCAAAGCUCCCUCGCCCGAUCUGAUUGUGCGCGCUUUGCCAAAUGCGCCGAAUGGAUAUAGUCCUCAAGGUGUAUCAUGUCCAUCGAACCGCCCAGCUGUCCGCAGCGCCGCUACUGUCUCUCCCAGCGAAGCGGAUUGGCUGAAGGAAAGAAGAAAGAAAACGACGGCAGCGCUGACCAAUUUCUUCUCACGUGUACCUAUUACGAACUUCGAUGCUGCGGGUUACAUCAAGAAUUUUGCCAUCAAUGCCUCUGCACUGCCCAAUAUCGGCAUCGCGGUGUCUGGAGGAGGCUAUAGGGCACUGAUGAAUGGUGCUGGCGUUUUACAGGCGUUCGACUCUCGUACUAAAGGCUCCGCAGACAACGGCCACCUUGGCGGCCUACUACAAUCAGCGACGUAUUUGUCGGGCUUGAGUGGCGGAGGAUGGCUGGUUGGCUCGCUAUACAUGAACAACGAUACCACUGUAACGGCUUUGGGGACUGGGCAGAAAGGGUCUACAUGGGAUUUUACACGAUCAAUUCUACAAGGCCCCGCAAAACGGGGGUCUUCUAUUCUGAACACCAUUGACUACUAUCGACAGAUUAUGGACACUGUAGAUACCAAACGAAACGCCUCAUUUGAAGUAUCCAUCACAGACUAUUGGGGCCGUGCAUUGUCAUAUCAAUUGAUCGAUGCAUCCAAGGGCGGGCCUGCAUAUACAUGGUCUUCUAUUGCUCUCAGUUCCGAUUUCAGAGACGCAAGUGUACCAAUGCCGAUUCUUGUUGCUGAUGGUAGAAACCCUGGGGAGAAGCUUAUCGGCGGUAAUGCUACGGUUUUUGAAUUCAAUCCCUGGGAAUUCGGAACCUUUGACCCUACCGUUUUUGGGUUCGUACCUCUUGAAUUCCUUGGCUCCAAGUUCAAGGCCGGAGCGCUUCCCUCAAAUGAAUCAUGCAUCCGGGGUUUUGACAAUGCCGGGUUCGUGAUGGGCACCUCUUCUUCUCUUUUCAAUCAAUUUGCUCUUCAAUUGGACGGCGUGGACAUCCCCGAGUCCAUCAAAAAAGAACUACGAAAGAUUUUGGAGACCAUCGGGAAUGAAAAUAACGACAUUGCAGAAUACAAGCCGAACCCAUUUUAUCAUUAUUCGAACCGGAGCUCACCGUUCGCCAAUGUCGACUCGCUUCCCGUCGUCGAUGGAGGCGAGGACCUCCAAAACAUCCCUCUCCACCCCUUGGUUCAACCAGAAAGGCACGUUGAUGUGAUAUUUGCCAUUGACUCUUCUGCAGACAACAAGUUUAAUUGGCCAAACGGAACUGCCCUGGUUGCCACUUAUCAACGAAGUUUGAACAAAACCGGCAUCGCUAAUGGAACCGCAUUUCCCUCUAUACCAGACCAGAAUACGUUUAUUAACCUUGGACUGAAUACCAAACCCACCUUCUUUGGUUGUAACAGCUCUAAUAUUACCGGCACAUCUCCAUUGGUCGUUUACAUUCCAAAUUAUCCUUAUUCCACGUACUCCAAUGUUUCCACCUUCACCAUGAGUUACGAAAACAACGUACGCGACGACAUCAUCAAAAAUGGGUACAACGUUGCUACUAUGGGUAACGGUACACGAGAGAAGGAAUGGCCAAUUUGCGUUGGCUGCGCAAUUUUGAGUCGAUCAUUUGAGCGAACACGCACCACUGUUCCGGAUGUUUGCCAGCAGUGCUUCAAGAAUCACUGCUGGGAUGGUAGAGUCAACAGCACUUCUCCAAACACGUAUGAGCCGACUGUUAUCAAUAAGAGUGUAUCACCAAAAAGGAACGCCGCAAUCAGCAUGCAUGCAUCGUCGGGAAUGCCAGGUGUUAUUGCUCUGGUAAUCACAGCUCUGUUUACGGCUAUAUUCUGUUGA